AUGCUUGAAGCCAAUGCUAUUUCAUCUCCUAUGGUGUCAUCUUGCAAGUUAUCCAAACAUGGUUCAAACACUCUAGCUAAUUCUACAUUCUACAGAUUAGUUGUUGGAGCACUUCAAUAUGCAACCAUAACCAGACCUGAGCUUAGUUUUGCUGUCAACAAAGUUUUUCAAUUUAUGGCUCAUCCUCUUGAAAGUCACUGGAAUGCAGUCAAGAGAAUUUUAAGGUAUCUUAAGGGUACAAUGUUCUAUGGUCUACAUCUUCAACCAGCUCGUGUUCAUCAACCCCUUUCACUUUAUGCAUAUUGUGAUGUUGAUUGGGCAGUUGACCCUGAUGACAGAAGAUCAACAUCUGGGGAAGCUAUUUUUCUUGAUCCUAAUCUGAUUUCAUGGUGGUCUAGGAAACACCCUGUUGUGGCUAGAUCAAGUACAGAGGCUGAGUACAGAAGCUUGGCUCAAGCUACUUCUGAAGUUCUAUGGAUUCAAACUUUACUUCAUGAAUUAAGGGUUCCCUUUUCCACUCCUACAAUUUACUGUAAUAACCAAAACACAGUGUCACUUGCUCACAAUCCGAAAACUUAUGAGGGAAGGGUUUUCAAGUUUCAUCCAUAA